GCGUGAUCGCACGUAUUCUCUCGCUCUGUAUUAUUGCUCAGAAACCAGCCACCAUGGGGAGUUAAGGGGAUAGUCGACGGGUUAUUUUCGUUAAUAUUUAAUAUCAGAAAGCUAUCCAUAUGCUGCGUUUUGGAGUACACAGUUCGCGCCAGUAUCCCCAAUGCAGCGGAUUACGGGGAUCGGGCUUUCAGAGACGGGUGAAUUGUUUGCCAGCAAAAUCAUUGCUAGAGGGGAAGAUCUGACCUCUGCCUUGUGCAAUCAAAGACAUGAGUGUUGUCAGAGAAUUACAUGGGAUUGGGUACAGGGGCGGUGGUGGGGUUGUGGCCUCUCUGAGCGGCCCUACCCACUUUACCGAGGAUGCUCCGCGACCCCCAGUUCCUGGUGAGGAGGGAUCUGAUGUGGACCCCCCAGUCCAGUCAGCCAACACCCGUCCGAUCACCCUUUCCCAAACCUUUGGCUAUCUCCCGUCAUCCUCAUCAUCUAAAAUGGGGGAUCCAUCAAGUUACACACCCUCCUCAUCGUCUGCGACUCCGCGUCGCCCUGAUCUGGACUUGGGGUAUGAACCGGAGGGCUCAGCUUCACCAACUCCACCGUACCUGAAGUGGGCAGAGUCACUUCACUCUCUCCUAGAUGACCAGGAAGGCAUCCAGCUGUUCCGAAACUUCCUGUGCCAGGAAGGGUGUGCAGACCUUCUCGACUUCUGGUUUGCUUGCUCGGGGUUCAGGAAGACCAGCCAGGAGAAGAAGGCAAAGCUGGCCAAGGCCAUCUACAGGAAGUACAUUGUAGACGGAAGUGGGAUUGUCUCAAGGCAGAUCAAAGCAGCCACCAAGAGCUUCAUCAGAGACUGUGUGGGAAGGCCGCAUCCAGACCCUGCCAUGUUUGAACAGGCCCAGACAGAGAUCCAGGCGAUGAUGGAAGAAAACACCUACCCUUUGUUUCUUAAGUCAGAUCUGUACCUGGAGUACACACGGACAGGAGGAGAGAGCCCCAAGCCUAACCCCAGUGAUCAGAGCCCUUCAUCGGGUCCAGCCAAGCCUGUACCUGGGUACUUACCCACACUUGCUGAGGAUGAGGAGUGGAGGUGUGGAGGAGUGAGGGAGGUGGAGGAAGAGAAAGAUGAGGAGGAGUGUGGAGACACACCAGCUGGUAGACUGACUCAUAGCCUGCUGAUGCAGACAGCACCGCAGAGAGCCUCAACCAACAGGAGGAGGCCGGACAGCAGGGAGUACAGGCCGUGGCGGGAGCCGGUAAACCCAUACUACGCAAACAUGGGCUAUGCUCGUGCUCCAGCAACCAGUGCCAAUGACAGUGAACAGCAGAGCAUGUCGAGUGAUGCAGACACACUGUCACUGACCGACAGCAGUGUAGAUGGUAUUCCUCCAUACAGAUAUCGGAAGCAGCAUCGUAAAGAGAUGCAUGAAAGUGCCAAAGCCAAUGGACGCGUGCCCCUACCUCAUAUACCUCGCACGUACCGCAUGCCAAAGGACAUCCACGUAGAGCCUGAGAGGUUUGCAGCAGAGCUCAUCAGCAGGCUGGAGACGGUUCUCAGAGAGAGAGAGGCUCAGGAAAGACUCGAAGAGAGGCUGAAGAGAGUACGACUGGAAGAAGAGGGGGACGAUGCUGACAUCUCCGUGACAACCUCCAUGUCUUCUCAUAGCAUACCACUCCCCCUCCCCUCAUCGUUUCCACCUCUCUACGGCGCCCGUUAUUCAGAGACCACUGCUAACACGGCUACAGUCACCACUUAUGGCGGCCUGGUUGCCAUGGAAGAUUCCCAUGACGACGACCCGGAAUCUAUUUUGGAUGAGCAUGUACAGCGUGUGAUGAAAACGCCGGGCUGCCAGUCGCCAGGGGCAACCAACAGCACCUUAGGGGGAGGGGGUCGACAUACGCCUCCCAAAUCAUCACGUUCACCUGACGGGGGGAUCGGCCCGCCUCACUACCCCCCACACCGAGGGGGAGGUCACAGUCUGCCUGCUGCUGGGGUCAAAGGUAUGCAUCACCACAAGCAGCUGUAUCACCACAGAGGAAGAGAAGGGCAGGAGGAGGCGGGCUCUAGGUCUCAGGCCAGCUUCCUGUGGAACGGAGACCCAGCCAACCAGUACGCAGGGAGAAGUCGUAACUACGCUGACGGGGCUGGAGCAAGCACGCAUGAGGGCAUGGGUUACAGUAGUAAAGGCAGCACGCUAUCACGGCGAGGUUGUAAGAAGGCAUCAGAGACAUCAGGCAAAGGUGAUGACAGUGGACGUGGCAUGGAGGCCCAGGUACUUCAUGAGGAUCUGGAGAGAAACCAGAAGAUCCUGCAGUGGAUGAUGGAAGGAGACAGACAAAGGAAGAGCACACAUGGCGGUAGCACCAGUAGCUCCAGGAGGACGGGAACCAGCAGCGAGUCACCACGUCCAACUUCAGUGGAGCGACCUGGAGCUGUGCACCCCUGGGUCUCGGCCCAGCUGCGUAACAACCCUUCUUCAGUGUCCCCCGCCAUCCCCAACUCAUCGUCCGCCCAGGUCCAGCCCUCACACCCUUUCAUCCAGGACCCCGCUAUGCCCCCCAACCCGGCUCCCAACCCCCUCACGCAGCUGGAGGAGGCUAGGAGGAGGCUGGAGGAGGAGAGGAGGAGGAACGCACUACAGCAGGCCAAGCAGAGGCAUAAGUCUGGUAAGCGCCAAGUGUGUGAGAACAUGACGGUCGCUUACUACUUUUGUGGAGAGCCAAUCCCAUACCGAACAUCAGUCAAAGGCCGGGUGGUGACUUUAGGCCAGUUCAAGGAGCUGCUUACCAAAAAGGGCCAUUACAGGUUCUACUUCAAGAAAGUGAGCGACGAGUUUGACUGCGGUGUCGUGUUUGAGGAGGUUCGUGACGAUGACGCCAUCUUGCCUAUUUUCGAGGAGAAGAUCAUCGGGAAGGUGGAGAAAGUUGACUGAAAUUUGGGAACAGGAAGAUGACAGAAUUGCAAAAAGAUCAUUUGGGGGAAAAAAAAGGAGAUGGGAAGAGAACAUUUGGUUUGGAUGGAAAUUCAGCUGUGAGAAAACGAACGAAAGAAAGUAGAAAGAUGGAAGGAGCAAUGUGUGACAGAAGGGAGAUUGCGCUGCAUGGUCGAAGUUCGAGUAUUAAGGAGGUGGAAUAUUUGGAUAUUGGCAUCAUGCCUGGAUCAAACCCACAUACAGCAAAGAAGCUUGGCCAGAUGAAACAGCGGAGUAAAGGAACAUAAAUUAUUUCACCUGUCUUGUCUCCACUGUGGAUAUUCGAGGAGCGCUGUUAAAAUCUGAUGUCUGACCAGUCUUCCACUUCCACUGCGAUAGAUGGGAAAGGGUGAGGGGACUGCUGGAAAGAGAGAGGAUAAAGUAGUCUUCCACUUCUGCUCUGGAGGAGUCUGUCCUCCGCAGACCAUUACGAUGCUGCUACAUUACCACGGAAACUCUUCAAUCGGUGCUCGGGACAGUAAAGAAAGCAGUUUUGUUCCAUUCGGGUGUCUCACUGCCUUUUGCUGUCUCUGUUCCUCAUCAGCUGGUGACAAGGGGAGAGGACAGAGGAUUUUGAGGAGUGGAACUUUAGCCUGCUUCUCCUCUCGUUGACUUCAUAACCUCAAAACAGAAACUCUCUCACCCUUGAUUCCUAGGUGUCUUGUAGUGAUAUCUCACAACAUGUUCAGACAACAGUUCUCCACACAACUUGUUUACCAAAGCUACAUAUUUUUGAUAAGACAAGUAUCCUAGCUACUUGUUUCAUUUUAUUUGAAUUGUGUAUGUACAAGGCAGGUACUAUUACUUAUUAAUGCAGCCUAAUUUCGUUAUAUCUCAACUUAAUGUUGUAUUAUUGUGUAUGUUUUGAAGCUAGUUCAUUAGUCAUUUCAGGGCAGCCAUUUUUUUCUCCUAUAAUACAUCCCUACACCUCAAUUCUGUACUGUUUACCUUUUGAGUGUGCAGUUCUGUUGGCAGUUCUGUUCGCAUGCGCAAUGGAUUUUAAUUAUAGGAUUGCUUUUUUUCCACCCUCAAAAAUUAUCAUGAAAAAUAAGAGCGCACACUAAAGGUGUGCCAUCUUUGGCCACAGUAUCUGUUUUUAAUAGGUCACACUGUCCCCUCAUGUAUGUCAUAUUUUUUUGCUAUAUUGAGAGCUUGCGUACGUAACUCCAAACUCAGUCUAGGUACCUGCCUGCCUGCCUGCCUGGCCAGUGCCAUCACUAUCUAGAAUGCUUAUUCUGAAGCGUAGUGAGUGUGGAAGCCUGUGUCAUGUAUGCCUGAACUCAGCCAAAGAGCAUAUCGUGCGUCCUGUAUGCCUACAUGCGUGUGUCUGUGCAGUACAAGUCCACAAGUCUCAAAUGUAUUUCUUCAUCAUGAGCAGAAGGGAAUCUUCUUCCUCAUGCAGAUUCCUGAACUUCAAUCAUUGUAGCUUAACACUGAGUUAAAAAUCUGCAGCUUAUCUUAAAAGAACAGUUGGACAUAUUGGGAAAUGUGCUUAUUCGCGUUCUUGCCGAGAGUUAGGUGAGAAAAUUGAUACCGCUCUCGUGUGUACAGCAAAUAUAAAGCUACAGCAGCAGUUGUUAGCUUAGCUUAGCAUAAAGACUGGAAACGGGGAAACGGCUGCCCUAGCUUUAAUAUGAAUUAAGCAAACUAGGGCUGCAACUGCUGAAUGUUUUUAUUAUCAAUUAAUCUGCCAAUUAUGUUCUUGAUUAAUCGAUUGGUCUAUAAAAUGUCAUCCCAUCACAACCCAAGGUGAUGUCUUAAAAUUGUUUUGUCCAACCAAAUAUUUUGAAACAUCAAGAUUUUUGGUUUACUAUCACAUAAGAAUGCACGAUUUAGAAAGUGGAACCAGUCUGUUGGGCAUUUUUGCAUGAUUAGUGCUUUUAAUCGAUUUACCAAAAAUGUAACCAGUUAUUUAUACCAGUUAUAUCGAUUGUCUCAUCAAUUAAUUUAAGUUUCAGCUCUAAAACAAAAUAGAUAAAACGUUUUAAUUAGUGAGCCUUAAAGGUGCUGGUAGGUAGUUUUUAUUUUUCAGAGCCAGGCUAGCUGUUUCCCUCUGUUUCCAGUCUUUAUGCCAAGCUAGGCUAACCAGCUGGUGGCUGUAGCUCCAUAUUUAACGCACAGACAUGAGAGUGGUAUCAAUCUAGCUCUCGGCAAGAAAGCGAAUUGUAAAAGCGUAUUUUAAAAAAUGUUAAACUGUUUCUUUGAACUCCUCACAUCAGUACAGUAAUGCAGUAAGGCCUUCAGGCCAGAAUAUCAUAAAGCACCGUGCAGACAGAGCACUGAUCACACACCAGCUACGUAAGCUGAAUGUAAUUUGACUUUUUUAAACUUACCCGCUAUGUCCUCAAAGGAAAUCUCUUCACUGGUCACGUCAUCAUGUCUGUUUUCAGUAUUGAGCUCAAACUGUUGGCCUGAUUGAGUGUUUUGUGUUAUCUAUGCUGGUAGUUAAUUGAAUGUGUUCAUCAAACAAAGAGGUCCUACUGUACGUCGUGCAGGAUUGUCAAAUACAAUUUGUCCUGGGUUUCUGCCCAGUAAAGGAAACAUAGGAUCGGAAAACAUAUUUGUCCUUACUUCAACCCAUUAUGCCUUCGAUAUGAAAUAAAAAAUUUAGAUAUGUAUUUGUUUAUAAAAAAUGUAAUUUUAAUAAUCACCAAGCAUGUUCUUUAUAAGGAAUGUUUUCCUGAUGAGUUGAAUUAUCUGUUUUGUUUUAAUGUUUAUGUGAAAACUGCUAUGGCCCUCUGAUAUAUUUUAUCUGUUUUGUUAGAAAGAACGCCCAGGGACAGUUGAAUGACAGCAUUUGCUAAGAGAUGUUUCUUGUGAUUAUGAUUCGAUAGACAAAACAAACAACUGCGUCUGUUGUGUUGUCAAUUUGUGUGAAACACAGUGCCUUUCUCAUGUUAUCUUCCGAAAUAUCUUUAUUGAACCAAUCCGUGCUUUUAAUGUAAGUUUUUAUUUUCAGUCAGUCCUGUUGUAUUUUUAGCUGCAGUCAUGCUUGCUCACUUCUGUUCUGAUAGAUCGUCUGCUGUAAAUAUGUACAUUAUCAUUUCAUAUGUCUUCAGACCUGCACCACAUGUCCAUGGUGUUUCUGUUUUUCAAAGGUAAACGCCAAGAUGUCACUGUGCUGGUUCCACUUGUACAUUUCUUUUAAAAAGGUACUUCAUAAUAAAGAUGUUGAAUAAA